AUGACCUACCCAGUUAUUUCAUUGAAGCCAAGCUACAAUUCUGUAAUACGAGGCUGUCCUGGUUUACCCGAUACAUUACCACGAAUCGAAUGUCAAUUGAGAGUAAGAUCAAAUGACUCGUUGCCUUUCAAACUGGUCAAGAUCGAAACUGUUUUGAAGACUAUCGAGAUGUAUUUCAACAGGAACCUUUACGGUAGCAACAACAACUCUUUCACCCCCUUUAAUCGUACAUCAGACUCUCCUAAUGGAAACUCCGACACUAAUAAUCAGAACAUUACCGUUCACUAUAGGAAAAAAAUCGUGCUUUCACAUCCCACUGAUGAUAAUGGUGAAUUCGACGACAAUCUUAUCGGCAUAGAUAUACCUUUGACGAUAGGUUUGCCUGACGAUAUUAAAGAAACAAACUAUAAUUCAAAUUUUGGCAAGACGCAGACCUUUCUGGACUGUACCGUGUUUUACACGGACGCUGCUGGAGGAAGUUCGAAUAAGAAACGGAACUUUUUUUACCCGGUAAACGUCGAGAGGUAUACAUAUAUACCUUCGCCGUCAUAUUUUAGACCCAUAGGCGGAUCAAACGUCCUGUCGCCCGACCAGAAGUUUCUGAUCAGUUAUUCCAUUGAAAAUCCUUGUGUGUCUAUGGAUAAUGACACCCUGAAACUCUCCAUAUCAAUUAAACUAAAUCCUUUCCCGAAUAACGCUAUCACUACCUCCUCUCCAAAUGAAUUAGAAGUAUCGACACCAACAAUUUUCUCUACGAAGAAAAAGUUCAAGUCGAAGGUCAAAUUAAAAUCAAUUACGACACAGGUAUUAGAGUACUUGGAAAUUUUGAAGAAAAAAUCGGAAUUCUCAUCCGCCCAAACUUCAAAUAUAUUGCAAUCCUCUGUAAGACAAGUUGAUCAAAUCAUCUCCCUCAAUUCAAUGACCUUUCAGUUCAGUCUCAAAAUAUUCACUAAGGAAAAUUUCUUACAAAGUUUUGAAUCUUCUGACUCCGGAUGUCCCAAAACAAAAUUAUUGAUCAACAGAAUCGACGACAUACCUCUGCGAUAUCAUAGCUCAAUAACUACGAUAGGCCAACAUUUCAAUGUGUCUCACUCUCUUUCUAUAAGAUUCAAAUUCAAUAAGAGCCUAAAGAACUUCGAAAUUAAUCAUCCCUUAGUCAUAUCUUUCUGGUCAAUAGAUCAACUACCGCUAAUUGAAAACCUGGUAUCACAAGAAAGGCAGACUGCUAAAUUUGCCAAGAAAUUUUAUAAAAAUUUUGGUCGAAUCAAGAAUGUGGGCAAUGAUAGUAAUAGUUCAAACUGUUUGGAGUAUCCCUCCUUACCACCAAUAAUUUAUAAUUUCAACGACCCAGAAACAAAUAAUAGAUUUAAUAUACUCUACUCACAGAAGGACGCCAGUCGCGUAGAUCCCUCUAAAUUAAAAAGAGUUCCCGUCAUUCAAUGA